AUGAGCUCAAACAACUCUCUUACCCAACAAUUCAUGCAGGUGAUUCGCAAUCGCCGCACCAUCUACGCACUUUCGAAGAAGGCAAUUCUUCCUGAUGCGCAAGUCGUACAGCUUGUUCAGCAGGCUGUGCGUGAAGCUCCUUCAUCUUUCAAUGUUCAAAGUAGCCGCGUUGUUAUCUUGUUCGGCAACCAGCAUGAUCACUACUGGGGACAAAUUGUUCCUACAGCUCUUCGCCAGGCCGCUGGUGAGAAAGCCGUUGAAGCUUCGAAGGGCAAGCUGGAUGGUUUCCGAGCUGGCACUGGAACCAUCCUCUUCUUUGAGGACACAGACCUGAUCAAGGGCCAGCAACAACAAUUUCCUAUGUUCGCGUCUGGCUUCCCAACUUGGUCGCUGCACGCUUCCGGUAUGGCUCAAAUCUACACAUGGGCUGCCCUCGAGGCUGAGGGUUACGGUGCCAACCUUCAACAUUACGGCAACUUGACGGGUGAGACCCUCAAGCGCGUGUACAAUCUUCCUGAGUCCUACGAGAUUCAAUCCGAAAUGGUCUUUGGCCACCCAGAGGCCCCAGCAGGUGCCAAGGACUACAUUCCUGACGAAGAACGCGUAGUUGUUUUUAAGUAA